UUCAUAACAUUCACCAGCAACAUGGAACCCAGAAACCACACAGCUGUUUCAGAAUUCCUUCUCCUGGGACUGACAGAGGACCCAGCCCUGCAGCCCCUCAUCUUCAGCCUGUUCCUGUCCAUGUACCUGGUCACCAUCCUGGGAAACCUGCUCAUCAUCCUGGCUGUCAGCUCUGACUCCCACCUCCACACCCCCAUGUACUUCUUCCUCUCCAACCUGUCCUUCAAUGACAUCUGUAUGGGUACUACCACGAUCCCCAAGGUGCUGGUGAACAUCCAAACUCAGGAUCAAAGCAUCUCAUACACAGGCUGCUUCUCCCAGACCUGCUUUGUCUUGAUUUUUGGUAGUUUAGAAAAUUUUCUCCUUGCAGUGAUGGCCUAUGAUCGCUUUGUGGCCAUCUGUCACCCCCUGAGGUACACAGUCAUCAUGAACCCCUGCCUGUGUGUCCUGCUGUGUCUCCUCUGCCUGCUCCUUAGCAUUGUGCAUGGCCUACUCCACACUCUGACGUUGCUGCGACUGUCCUUCUGCACAGACCUGGAGAUCCCCCACUUCUUCUGUGAACUUUCUCAGGUCAUCAAGCUGGCCUGUUCUGACACCCUCAUCAAUAACCUCCUGGUGUAUUUAGUGAGUAUCAUAUUUUUUGGUGUCCCUCUCUCUGGGAUUAUUUUCUCUUAUAUCCAAAUUGUCUCCUCUAUUUUGAGGAUCCCAUCAGUGGGUGCAAGGUAUAAAGCCUUUUCCACCUGUGGGUCUCACCUCUCAGUUGUGUCCUUAUUCUACGGGACAGGUUUUGGUGUGUACAUGAGUUCUGCAGUGACUGACACUUCCAUGAAGACUGCAGUGGCUUCAAUAAUGUACAUUGUGGUCCCUCAAAUGCUGAACCCCUUCAUCUACAGCUUGAGGAACAGGGAAAUGAAGGGAGCUCUGAGACAUCUCAUCAGUGGGAGUCCUUCUCUGGGAUUGUGUCAUGGCUUUAGGUUUGGGUCUCCGGAAUGA